AUGGCGAGGGAGAGUCUCGAAAAUAUGACAGGCCCCUACUCGAUCAAGUUUCCCACCCUCUCUGCCGAAGACGCCCAGCGUUCGACGUCCCAUGUACAGCUCCGGAACAAGAACGCACGCGACGCUCGGAACAGUGUUGCAAUGGCAUCGAUCGACAACGAAAUGGCCUUCCAGGAGGAGCGCGUGCGCUGGCGCAUGUCGCAGACCUCGGCCACGAACCGCAAUUCAACUGGCCGGCCGCUGUCGAAAGAAAUUGGACGGCAGUCGCCUCGCGCGCGCCGCUCCAGCGCGCAGGUGUCUCCACGCGCACAUCUCGCCGGCACGCAUUCGACGCGGCAGGCGGUGAUGACUACACACACACAGCGCCUCGCACGAAGCAAGUCGAUUCACGCAAGUCCUAUGCGGAAUUCGUUCUUGUUUUCGGCGAUGGAGGCGGCAUCGCCUAUACCCCCUCGCUCGCGGUCGCCCGAAAAUGCCUCGCUCGCACCAAUGCCGACGCCAUCAAUGUGCAUGGUGCCUGAGCCGGAUCCGGAGCCUGUUCCUACUGGCGGACGCGAUCCGUUUGUGGACGCCAUCCUCUUUGACGAGCCCUAUGCGCACCGACGUCGGCGUGUACAGCGCAAUGCUGACGAGUCGUCUAUAGCGUUCCAUCUACCCACUGGUGCGCGCGACGUUGUCGGCCACCGUGGCGUCUAA